AUGACGAUUGAUAGAGCUGGCCGGCCGCCAGCCCCCAGGCGUGCCUCGUCAACGUACAGAAGCUACGACGAACUAGGAGUCAUAGAUCGCGCGAAACCUCUUAAGUACAGGCAUGGAGGUAUUGAAGACCUCACCGGAAUAGAACAGAUUAGAACCUUCCGAACUUACGACCCACAAGACAUGGAUGAUAUCACUGUUAUUAGCUCCGAAGAAGUACCAAAACCCAAAAAGAAAAUAGCUGAGGGUCUAGCUAAUGGUUUUAGAAGAACGUUUUCUGUGAGAAGCCGUAGAGAAGAACCAGAAGGUAUACCGCUAGAUACUUUCAAUGUGACUUGUGAGGAGAACUUUGCGACGGUUAGAGGAGCGCCUUUCGGAAGGCGUCGGUCUUUGUCGAGGGAUAGAGGUUCCUCGCUGCUAGGCAGAAGUUCUUCGGAGGGAGAUGUGAGGAUGGUCCCUCCUCGAGCCCCUCCGACUGCGCCCGCCCCACGCCUCCAUCGCUGUCUUCGAGCACUUGGUGGCAGCUGGAAGAAUCUUUUACUAUGCAGCGUUCGAGGGUUGUCCUGUCGCCGGCUAUCCCCGGAUGGACACUGA